AUACUGAUAAAACUAAUGAUACUGGCAGUAGUACAGAAGAUAGUACCGAAGAUUUAGCAUCUAGCUCUAGUACCUAUCAAUAUUUAAAAAAAAUUCGUAAAAAUAAUAAAAUAAAAGCAAAUAUAAAAGUUAUAAAUAUAAAUAAAAGUGAAUAUGAUAAUGAUUUUGCUAGCUUGAUAGAAAAAUUUAAAGCUACAAUUUAUCUUUCUUUUGAUAAAUUAUAG